AUUGUUGUGGCUGGCAGACGGUUCAGUUCCGUUUCGGCCGCGAGCCGACAACUUCAAGUGUCAGUGUGUGAUAGUCCCGAGUGUGAUAGGAUGGGAAGCUUCAGGCGAAGUGUUUUGGAAGCACUUCCACUGGUGCUGCUGCUGAUUGUAAGUGUGCGUGGCGAACCUUCCUUCAAAUGUGCUGAGAAUUAUUGCGAAUUUGUCGUAAAUGAGCAGCUUCUGGGCGGUGAUGUGCAGGCGUACAAGUUCAAUCUCUCCGCCGAGUAUGGGACGGUUGAGGUGCAGUUCGAAAAGUCGCUCGUGUCGAUUGUACCGCCAUCGCUGUUCGAGGACAAUGGGCAGAAAGUGGAUACGCUCGUAAUGCGUGAAGUUGACGUGCAGCGUGUCGAUGCGGACACGUUCACGAAGGCGGUCGCACUGAAAUCACUCCAGAUGCACAGAAAUCGCAUCCCGAAGCUGUUCAACCGCAUGUUCCGCAAUGCCACGAAUCUGCGGCGUAUCAACUUUGGCGGCAAUCGUAUCGAUGCGGUAGAGGAGUACACGUUCGAGGGGUUGGCAAAUUUGAGCGUGAUUCGGCUGUCGCGCAACAAGAUUCCAGUGCUGCCAAGGAAGCUGUUUGCUGGAUUGAGCUCACUCACGAGCCUGCUACUCGAUCACAAUCGAAUUCUCGAGCUACCUGAAGGGAUAUUUGAGGAUCUCACGAUACUUGAUGAGCUGUACCUGAGCUUCAACUUCUUGGAGAGACUGACCAGGAAUAGCUUUAAGGGCUUGGUUGAGCUAGAUAAUCUGGCACUACACAACAAUCGUAUCAGCACGAUCGAACCGGACACGUUCGCCUCGCUGGCGACGCUACAGUAUUUAACUUUGGGAUCGAACCGUCUGACCAGCCUGGCACCGGAAACGUUCAUUGCGCAGACGAAGCUGGCCAAACUGGACCUGAGCGUGAACCAGCUGGCCGAGCUGCCGAAGGAUCUGUUCCGCUACACCACCGCGCUGAAAGAGCUGAAGAUGAGCAACAAUUCGCUGAAGGAGUUGCAUUCGGAUCUGUUCGCAAACACAGCCAAGCUGGAGGAUCUUGUCAUUUCUCACAACGAGGUGGAGUCGUUGGAUGCGGCACUGUUUAGAAAUCUGCGGAAGCUGGAGAUGCUAUUGCUGGAGAACAACAAUAUCGGUCAUAUCUUCCCUGGUACGUUUGAUGCGCUACAAUCGCUGAGGGCGUUAGAUUUGAACCAAAACGGUAUCAUGACGAUCGAGGGAGGCUUAUUCCGUGCGCUGAGGGUAUUGGAUAAGCUAUAUUUGCAGAAUAAUCUUAUCAGCAUGGUAAGCGGAGACAGUCUCGAAGGUGCCGUACAGCUUACUGAGCUGUAUCUGAAUAAAAAUCCGCUCCAAUCAAUUGACGACGAUUUCCUGCGCAUACCCUCCCUGAUGGCACUCGCAAUGGAUUUCUGUGGCUUAAAAACGCUACCGAAAGGUUUGUUCGCUAAGCAGCAGUCGUUGAAACUGCUUUUCCUGGAAGGUAACAAACUGACCGACCUAGAUCCGGACCUGUUUGCACCGCUGGUGGAGCUGGAAGAGUUGGAUCUGAGCGCUAAUUUGCUGUACAACAUUUCGAAUGCGCUGGCGAACCUUACCAGCCUCAAAUUACUGGACCUGUCGGACAAUCGGCUGCGCUCGCUGCAGGAUAAUGCGUUCGCAAACAUGACUACGUUGAAAAAGCUUAAUUUGAAACAAAACAAGCUGACGGAAAUCCCUCGUGCCUUGGCAAAGCUUCCGAACCUGAGCACACUGACGCUGGAGACAAAUAAGAUCAAGUCUACUGUUGUCGGCGAGCCGCUGGCAAAUCUGGAGGAUCUGUACAUGGGGGAAAACGAAAUCACCAAACUUCGCUUGAACGACUUCCCGGCCGUGGAGGAACUGUACGUGGAGCGGAACCAAAUUCAUAGUCUAUCGGUGGACACGUUCGUCGGCAACAGAAAGCUGAAAACGGUGGAUCUGACGGAUAACCGUCUGACCGGUCCGCUGGAGGGCAUCUUCACUCCGCUGCGGAAGCUGGUCACGCUAACGCUGAGCGGCAACCCGUUGGGACGCGUGACUCGGGCCACCUUUGAAGGGUUGCUUAAGCUGGAGGAUCUCACGCUAAGGAACAUAAAGCUUACCGAGCUGACGGGCGCACCGUUUGCAUCGCUUUCGGAGCUGGAGAAGCUGGACCUAUCGGAGAACCGGUUGGCAGCGGUGGACGAGGCAUCGGUACGCGGCAUUGGUAAGCUCAGGGAAUUCUAUAUCAAUGAUAAUGAGAUCGGCAUUGAUGGUUUGAGCGGACUGGACAUACUGAACCGCGUGCAAACUGUUUCUCUCUCCAAUCAAAGCAUUGUUGUGCCGGACACAUUGCUGGCCAAUAAAUCAUGGAUGGUGGAAUUUUACGUGCAGGGCGGUACAUUUGCCUCCCUUCCGGCUCAGUUCUUCCGCUCUACUAUAGCGCUGGAAAAGCUCUCCCUGUCCGAUAACAAGCAGUUGGUGAAGCUGCCGAAAGACUUCUUCCAGUACGUGCCGUACCUAGAGGAGUUGGUGCUGCUGAAUAACAGUCUGUCUGUGCUGGAGCCGGGAGUGUUCGAUCCGCUCGGACUUUUGAGAGAGUUGGAUAUUUCGGAAAAUCCGCUUAAAUCACUGCCGGGCGGCUUGUUUGCUCAAACGUUCCUGCUGGAAAGUUUGAGGAUGGCGGAUGCCAACCUUACCACCCUUCCCGCCGGUAUCUUCGAUAAACUUUACGUCUUGGCCAAGUUGGAUCUGGCCAACAAUCAGCUACGAACGCUGCCGGAAGGUGUUUUUAACCGGCUCUACUCCCUGGAAACACUUUCACUCGAGAACAAUCAGCUGGAAGCUUUGCAGCCGGCCUUGUUCAAGAGUUUAGAGAAGCUUAAUAUUGUCAUCCUGUCUCACAACAAGCUUGCCGCGAUAGAUCCUCAGCUGUUUGCUGGAUUGCCCGUUACGGCGAUUGAUCUUUCGUACAACCGUUUGACCACGUUUGAUGAGAGUGCGAUGGCAUUCGCCGGCCGUUUGCUUAUGCUGUCGCUGGAAAGCAAUAAACUGACCUCGUUGAAGAUCCAUUCCACCCUGGAGAAGCUGUUCGUUGACGAUAACAAACUAUCCUCCAUUGAGGUGAAGCUCGAAGACUCGUACAGCCACAUCACGUCCCUUUCGGUGGUGCGUAACAAUUUCACAGCUCUUGAUGCUUUCUACCAGUUCAAGAUGCUAACCGAACUGGACGCGUCGUACAAUGCGUUCACGGAGCUGAAUUUGGCCAAACUUUUCAACGAAAUAGUACCGCUCUACACACUGAACGUGUCGAACAGCUUCGUGGAGCGCGUCCAGUUCGGGAAGAUUGAGCAUACGCCCACCCUGGUCCAUCUGGACAUCUCUAACAACAAUCUGACCGCGUUGGACGUGCGUGCAUUUGCCGUGUUCCGGCAGUUGCAGAACUUUGUUUUCGGUGGCAACAGGUUCGAUACGUUUGUGGUGGAAGAUUUGCUCCGUGCGUUCGACGAUCUGCAAACGAUCGGGCUGGAGGGUACGGUGUGGAAGUGUGAUUUCCUGAAAAGCUUGAAGGCGUCGAUGGAAGAAGCGGAUGUAACGUUUGCGUACAAGGAGAAGGAAACGUUACACGAAAGGUUGGAGAGUGUUUGUUCCAGGCAACUGUAUGGCAUCUGUUGUGUGUGAAGAGGGACGAAUGAAACUUUUAGAAAGAAUAAAAGAUUAAAUUUUGACAAUGCA